GCCGCCGCCAUGGGGAAGUCGUUCGCCAACUUCAUGUGCAAGAAGGAUUUUCACCCCGCCUCCAAGUCCAACAUCAAAAAGGUGCGUAUAACUAUCGCCUUUUCCCGGCUCCAGCUUUUCAACACCUGUUUCUCUGGAUAAAUAAUAGGCACCGUACACCGUCCAAGAAAACUCCCACCUGUCACGAUGUGCUCGUGUUUUCCUAAUAUUUCACACCUGCCUUGACCUGGUUCCAGGUCUCUUCCCCAGAACUGUACUGUUCCAGGAGCUCCCGAGAGAACCUGGGGUUUGGGGUCUGGUGAGACUUAGGUAUGGAUGGCGGAACAGAAAAUAUCAUAUGAUAAGAAGAAACAAGAAGAAUUAAUGCAACAGUAUCUGAAAGAACAGGAAUCCUAUGAUAAUAGAUUGCUUAUGGGUGAUGAGCGUGUGAAGAAUGGUCUUAAUUUCAUGUAUGAGGCCCCACCUGGAGCAAAGAAAGAGGAAGCUAAAGAGCAAGAAGGAGAGACUGAAUACAAAUUUGAAUGGCAAAAAGUCGCCCCUCGAGAAAAGUAUGCUAAGGAUGAUAUGAAUAUCAGAGAUCAGCCAUUUGGUAUCCAGGUGCGGAAUGUGAGAUGUAUUAAAUGCCACAAGUGGGGUCAUGUAAACACUGAUCGAGAAUGUCCCUUAUUUGGCCUUUCUGGAAUUAACGCAAGUUCAGUCUCCAGUGAUGGUUCAGGGCCAUCAAUGCACCCCUCGGAGCUAAUAGCGGAGAUGAGAAACAGUGGGUUUGCACUGAAACAAAAUGUACUGGGGAGAAACUUGACCACAAAUGAUCCAUCACAGGAAUUUGUUGCAAGUGAAGGAGAUGAUGAUCCAGAAGUUGAAUUUUUAAAAUCACUGUCAACCAAACAAAAACAGAAACUUCUAAGGAAGUUGGAUCGUCUGGAGAAGAAAAAGAAAAAGAAAGACAGAAAGAAGAAAAAGCAGCAAAAGAAGAAAAGCAAAAGUAAACACAAGAAACAUAAGAUGAGAUCCUCUUCCUCAUCCUCCAGUGAGACUUCAGUAAGCAGCAGUGAUAGCGAGACUGACAGCAGAGAUAAAGCAGCACAAAAGAAGAUGUAUUCUAAGAAAAGAAAAAAAGACAAGUUUUCAGAGGCUAGCAGCAGCAGCGAUUCAGAAGGAAAGGCAAAGACUAGGAAGGAAAAACUUUAUGAAGAUCUCUCCAGUAGUCACGGUAACAAGGACAAAGAUGGGGAGAAGUACAGACUUUUAAAGCGAGAUAGUUCUACGGAGAACAACAAAUGGAGCUCCUGUGAGGGGGAAAGAAAGUCCAAAAGCAGAUACCAUAGCACCAACAAGAGAGAGACUGAAAGAAAGGACAGGGAUAGUAGAAGCCAAAGCAUGGAUGAGGGGAGCAGGAGAAGCCCUUGCAGAAGUCACAGCAGUUCCAGGCAAAGGCAAGUAAGAAAAAGUCCAAGUCAAAGCCCUGGUGAAGAGCGGCACAGGAAAAAUGAAACCAGAAGCCCCAGCACGGAUGUGCACAGAGAGAAGAAAAAAUGCAGAGAGAGCUAUGGGGACAAGUGCCGUAAAGUGGAACACAGAGAAAGGAGCAGACGCAGUAGGAGCAGAAGCAGAGAGAAGAAAAAACCCAGAUAGUAUAGGGGACAGGUGCAAACAAGAAUGUCUCUGGGUUUUGAUGAAUACCUUUAACAAGGGCUCAAUUAUGUAUUGCUGUUCAUUUUCCAACCUCUGUAACUAGCAUUUCUUACAUAAAGCCAACAGCGUCAUUUCUGUAAUGUUGGAAUAUUUGUAAAUUAGGUAUAAAUGUUAUGGUAUUUUUCUUAUUGUAUAAAUAUACUUGUUGGCAAAUACCUCUUGUAGACAUGCAGUAAUUCAUAGACCUGAUUUUAGGGUUUUAAAAUACUUCACAGCAGCGUGUAAUAUUCUUGGUUUUGUCAAUGAUGAUUUCUGUUUAGAUGCAACUGUGAGGGGAAACAGAGUAAUUUGGGAAGAGUCCUGGGAUAUGCUAAAUGCUAACAAACGUUUGAGAUAGUUCCGGAUAAAAUCACAGCUUCGGAUAUCAAAACAUUGUAUUGUAGAGGGUUUUUUUUUCAUACUGAAGCAUUUUUCCUAAAGUUCCCUGUAAGAGAUCAAUUUUAUGAGUUAAAACAACAGAGAGACAUAGUUCACUUAAGUGUCUAGCCAACAUUUUUUGACCUCCUGCAGCGUACAGCUUGGUCAGGGCUAUCUAAACAUCUUGAACCCCUGUUGGUAUGUGUCAGUACAAUGUCAAGUUAUUGUUCAAUAAUCUCUCAAGACAUGAAAAGAAUAUUUACUGCCUCAACUGUUUCAGGUAUUUCAUUGUUUGUGGUAUAAAGUUAGUGUAAAUAGUCAUCCUUUUGUUUUCAUGAAACAAACAUUUUGGUUUUUUAAUGAUUGUCAGUCAUUUUCUGCACACAUUGUUAUGAAGAUGAACUUCCAUAAUAAAAUAUCUUAUUCUUUAAAAACAGU